CGGUCCGCUUACCGGUUUGCCGGCUCGGGGCGCCGCGCUGGCGCCCGAGAGCCUGGCUGGUGUUGGUGCUUUCUGCAACGCGCCGGCGGCCGCUGCCGUUCGUUGCUUGUUGUUUUCCUGGAAUCGGGGAAACUGAAGUGAUUCGGGGCCGCUUUGGGCCGCCGCGGCGUCUCCCGCGACCAAAUUGGCUUCAGUGCUCUCCGCUCUGGGGGCAGGCGGAGCGCCUUGAUACAGGAGCAGUGCUCGCCCUAAACGGCCUGCCAGACUCAACCAAGCUUUGUUGGCGGUGAUUGUACCAUAACUUCGCGUCACGACGUCGGUUUUGACGCGAUCGGUCCGGCAGCAGGCAGCAAGAGCGCCUGCAAAGCAGCACCCAAUCUGAGGGCCGCUAUGCGCGUCGUUGAUUUUUUUCUCCUCCUACACGCUGUCGCCGCGCUCAAAUGCAAUGUUGGUCGCCGGCGGGCGCUGGCCGGGUGUUUUUCUGGUGCCGUAGGGCUGGUCGCGGUGCCGUCGCGGAGUCGAGCGACGGGCGCGGCGGACGAGUUGUACGAGUUGGUGCGCACGCGGCGGCCCUCGCAGUGGCAGGACUCGGAGCGCGCCCGCAUCGAUGCGCUCGUCUCAGAAGUCGUAGCACAGAAUGCGCCGUGGCCUCGCGCGGGCCUCGUCGGCAAGUGGCGGCUCGCCUACCUGCAGCCGGGUCCGAAGGGUGAGGGCGUCGACCGCAGGAUACCGUUCCCAGAGUUUGGCUUCAACGAGCAGUAUCAAAUAUUUUCCUCGGGCAGGGUCACGAACGUCGGCGAGGUCCUGGGUCCAGCGGUGCGAGUGGAGGUGAAGGGAGGCCUCGAAGAGCUAGACUCGUCGGUGACCCGCUCGCCGAAGCGGUUUCGUGCGCUGAUCGACGACGGGGCCCUCUGCGCCGGCAGCGCGUGCGCGCCCCUGCCCAUAAGCGGCGAGGGCCUCUUCGACGGGGUAUACCUCGACGACCGCCUACGCGUCGGCCAAAACUUGAACGGCGGCGGCGCGCGUAUUGUGCAGGUCCGGGUGGAAUAGCUCUGUGGCCUAAUUGUUUUUGCAACCUC